AUGAAGCGUAAAGUAAGUUGAAAGCAGGAAAACAAAAUUCUGGCAUCGCGAUGGCGAUGCGUCGGCGAUGCACCGGAAUCCUGAGCGUUCGGGAGGAUCGUCGUGCAGUGUCCACGGCCUCGAAGGCUCUCCUUAGACAAAGACGACGUGGGCAAUCUCUAGAUCUCCUUGCAAAGUCUAGAGAUCAAUGAAAUGGGUCGUUGACUCGUCUCUGACGGCUAUCACCCGGCAGAGCAGAAAAACGGCAACUUUGCGGCUCUCUGGCGGCUGUCACCUGACAGAGAGGAGCUGGAUGGAGGUGGGACGCGUGUCAGGGAGCUUCAUCCUUAGGUCCGCACAGCACGAGGAGGCUCUUCAUCGCAUCUGGUACGCUCUUAGGAGGUGGCGACUCGUCUCCCGGCGGAUCGUCUUCUUCCCGACGACGGCUUGUUCAUCGAUCAAUCGGAGAUGAUUUACUCGAUGGAUUCACGAUCCUUUUAUCGCGAAUCCUUCAGUAAUUUGAGUAACAAUGCUCCGUGAAUCGUGUUGACGAGAUUUUUGCCGAUGAUCCAACGAUUCUGGUUGCUUAAUCCUUCACUGGCGAUCUAUAGGAAAGUCGCGAUAAUCAGAUAAAAAUAUGAGUUUUGGCUCUAGGAGGAUUCGAACCCGUGCCGGUUGCCCCCGCCUCUUCUGAGGAAGGUGACGGGUUUAGUCCCACAUUGGUUGUGCGCCGAAUUUUCGGGCGAAUAUAUAGUAAUGUUAUAUUUCUAAGUAAAGUCCCUUUCUCACGCAUGUACGACCACUCCUUGGCCCACAGCUGGCUGGCCACCGGUGACGUGGAAGGGGAGUGGCGCACACGUGCCCCCAUCGGUUCAAGCCGCUCGAGCCCCUGCUCGCGGCUACUCCCCGACUGCGCUUUUGACCCACUUGCGGGCCCGGCUGGCCGGCGGGUCCCCCUAUUUUGUAAUAUUUUUAUUUUUAUUUCUUGUUCUUCAUUUAUCUCAAAAGUAAGACUGUAAAAAUCAUAGAAAAUCACAUAAUUACCCAAAAAUUCACGUUAAUCAAUUGAAAACCACUUUUCACACUUUAACACAAAUAUAAGUUUAUUUAUCAUGAGUUAAGGCUAAAACUAUAUUAUUUACUAAUUAUUAACUCAUGAUAAUGAAGAUUUAUCACACCCUCCAACUUAAAUCAUUGCUAGUCCCUUAGCAAUGGAAUUUACGAAAAUAAAAAUUUACAAAUCUCAAACAUCAUAUUUCAAUACAUAAAAAAAAAUACAAUUAGAAAUGAUGCACCUUUAGACACUUUGGACUCUUAUAUCAAGUAUUUAAGAAUAAUGUCAAGCACUUAAAUGUUUAAGCACUCCUUGGAAUAACAAUCUAGACUUCACUUCUUCUAUUCACAUCUUUAUAACUUCUUCACUUAUAGAUAUAUUUACAAGAUGUUCCAAUUAUCAAUAAUCAUCCAAGAAUAAUAUUGAUCCUACAUUUCCCUUUUUCCAUGGCUUGAUUUUUGAAGUGUGCACUAUAUUUCUUUAUUCUCUCUUUUUUUUUAAUAUAUAUAUAUAUAUAGUGGAUAAGUAACUUUUCCUGUAGACAAAUUUCGACAAUAAGAAUGAUGUCUCACACCCUCCAUGUGUACUCUUCAUUUUCAAGGCUUUCACUUUAUCCACUUAUUUUGCAGCAAGUGUUCUUCUAUACACGAUCUUCGACAAUGAGAAUGAUGUCUCACACCCUCCAUGUGUACUCUUUAUUUCUAGAUUUUUCACAUUGCUCUCUUUUUUUUUUCGAAAUAAGUGAUUUCUCCUCACAAGUCCUAUAGAUCAAGGUGCAAAAAUCUCCAUUAAACUCAAAUGAUCAAUCAAAUUUUCACAUCAAGUAAAUACUAUCCAUCAAGGUCAUGAAGUGAGAAUCUGUAAAAUCAAAUCCAUGUUAUCUAUCAUGUAUCCAAGGAGUAUGCCAACAUUUCACGCUAUUAGAUCAUUCUUUUGACUCAAUAAUAAUCUUCCUAGUGUCUUUUGGUAUCAAUCAAUCUAAUUGAUUUAAUUUUUCAUGCAUGCAAUAUGAUGUAAGAAAUUUGUAAAUUAGAUAGUUCUGACAAUUCUGUUUUCUGUUUUCAGUUCUAUUUUUAGCAACAAUAAAUUUGUCAAAAAUAAAUCAAAACUAUCCUCUUUAUAGCUGUAAUUUCGAAUUUCAGUAAUAUAUGUCUAGGGGAUUGAAAUGUGAGAAAAGGGUCUCUAGAAUUUCAAAUUUCGGGCUAUUUUUUGUCUGUUAUUUUUGACAGUCUGUUGUUCCUGACAGAAAACCAGAAAAUAGAUGUUGCAGUUUUUUUCAGUUGUUGUUCUAAGCUAAACACAUGUUCUUAAUCAUCCUAUAGCAUAAAUUAAUAAUGAAUACUUCACCCCCCAACUUAAAAAUGACAUUGUCCUCAAUGACACAGAAAAAUCGAAAUAGAAUAUGCAGAAAAUAUAAUUUUCAAGUGAAGCAUGCAUAUAUGCAAAGUUUAGCAUUAAAAAUGUUGUCAUAAAUGAUAAAGCUCCGAAAGACAUCACCUCAACCUCGAUUUUAAUUUUCCACUUCAUCUUACACUCCUCCUCCUGCACUUUUUCAAAAAAACAAAUACAGAAACAAGUACUGCAAAAUUCUAAGAAAAACAGAGUUUAAAAAAAAAAAUCAAACAGAAUGAAAUAAAAACCAUGGGUUGCCUCCCAUGCAGCGCUGAAUUUAAUGUCUUCAGCUGGACAGCUCUUAGAUCAUAUAAGAUGAUCUAUGGCCAUCAAAAUAUAUUUGUAUCCCAAGGUAAGUUUCAUGAUAUUCUUUUUCAAAUUUAGCAUAAAUUCAUGUACUUCAUAUAUAUACCUUGACAUACUUUCAGCCAAAACAAGAUGGAAAUUAACAAAAUUUUCCCAAAAAUAAUAUUUCUAUUUUGAAAAGAAUCUUUCCUCAUUUCUAUCUUAUUUUGUAAGGCUCUCAUUCAUUAAUAAAUACUUUCUAUUAAUAGACCAUAAAAUGUGAUCAGGCCAUAUAAUUUUCAAAUUAGCUCUUACCCAAUCUAAAUUCUUUUCAUCUAAAUUGAUAUCUCUAAUUCUUCCACUCACCCAUUUCUUAAUGUCUUCUUUUAUCUGCAUAAUCUUCCCCUGCUCUAUUUUAUCUUCCAUACAUAUUUGUUCAAUUUGUGAGAAGUGAAAUAUUUUAAGCUUAGAAAUAAUUCUAAUGGGCUGUGGGUUUUGAAGGAUGGAAGGAUUGUCUUCUUUAAUCUCAGAUCUAAUGAAUUCAGUAAAAUUCAAAUUUUCUCCUCGAAAAUUAUCUCUAUAUUCAUAUCCAUUAUUUUCGUUUCUCCCCAUUAGUUGAAUCAACUCUUUUUCUAGUUUUUCAUUUCUCAACUCAUCAAAUUCUUCAUCUUCCCAAAAGCUAUCUUUUAAUUUCGGUAUAUGAUAUACAUCAUCCUCCUCACUAUCAACAUCCAUGGCUGCAAAAUUAUGAUUAGAUUUAUUAAUUUCGUCUCCUACAUCAACUGAUUUUUCCUCACCUGAAAUAUGUUUUUCUUCAUUUCUAUCCAUACUCCCUUCUACUAAAAUUUGGAUGAUUUUUCCAUGAUCAGCUGUUGUUUCUUCAUCUAAGGGCUCUUUCUCCUCAUCAUCCUCACUAUAUUCAUUCAUCAUUUGUGAGCAAUAAAUGAUUUUAUUCAAAUUUUCUGCUACUAUAUUUUCGGCCUUAAUAUUAUCAUUUACUUCUAAUGGAUCAUCAAUUUCUUCUUCUAAUAAUUGGAAAUAAGGAUUAGGUAAAAUAUUCUCACUCAAUUUUCAUUUCGUAGGUUUUUUUCUAAAUUUAUCCAGCUAGACUCUCUUUGCUGAAAUCCUACUGUUGGAUAGUUUCCUGAAUUUUCUAUGGGCGGACUAGGUGGCUGUCCCUCUUCUCUCUUAUUCCCAAGAGCCUCUAUAAUUUGUUUCUGGUGCAGCAUCAUUUGAUUCAUAGUUUGUUGCAUCAUUUGGCUCAUAGUUUGUUGCAUCAUUUGGCUCAUUUGCUGCAUCAUUUCCAUAGUAUCAUGUUGGGUUUGAGAUGGCUGAUUUUUCUGAAAUCUGUUUUCUUAUUUUGGACGAAAUUCAGAGUUUGAAUUGGAUCUAAGUGCUUCUGGAUUUUGAAUAUUAUUUGGGUUUCUCCACGAAAAAUUAUUCCCCAAAUUAGGAUUAUAAGAAUUAGAAAAAUAUUCCCUAUUUUUACUAAAAUCGUGGGGUACCUGCACUUGUUCUUGCCUAGGAUGAUAUUGAAAUUCGAAAUGAUCAUUUUCACCAUACAUAGGAUCUGUACUAUUUGAAUUAAAUUGAGGGUUAAGAGUCUUUCUAAUAUUGUCAAUAAGAAAAUCAAGUUUUUUUAAUCUUUAAUUAAUCUGAUUAACCUCAUUUCUAAAUUUAGAUUCAUUAUCAUGAUGCAAUUCAUGAAUUCCAUAAAAGCUCCUCCACAUAUAGAAUCAACCAUAUUUCUAUGUUGUUCUAAUAAUCCAUCAUAAAAAAUUAUAUUGAGCUGCCACUUGGGUAUAGCAUGCUGAGGACAUUUUCUAAGUAAAUCUUUGAAUGUUUCCCAUGUCUCAUGUAAAGUUUCUCCUGGUCUUUGAGAAAAAUUCCAUAUAUGUUUUCUCAUAUUUUGAAUUUUUCCUAAGGGAUAAAAUUUUCGAAGAAAUGCCUGUUCUAUGUCUUUCCAGCUAGUUAAUUCUCUAUCUAAUGUGGAUAGCCAAUGGCUAGCUUUGUCCCUAAGUGUAUGAGGGAAUAAUUUCAUCUUAAUAAUUUCCGGUGUAACUUGAGGGAGAUUAACUAAAUCACAGACCAUAUGAAAUUUUUCUAAGUGCUGAUGAGGUUCCUCUAAAGGCAAUCCAUGAAAAUUAGGGAGCAUUUGAAAAAUUCUUGGAUUUAUUUCGAAUUUAACAUUGGGUGCUAAUGGGACUCUAAUAUUAGAUGCUCUUUGAAAUGAAUCAGGGAUAUAAUAAUUUUUCAUGGCCAUAAGAUUUUUCUCAGUUUGACCUGUACUUUCUUCAAGAUCUAUCAAAAUUAAUUUUUCUUUCAGAUUUUUAGUUUUGAAUGAAAUAAUGAAAGGAUUUUCUAGCCUUGGAUGCAAGGAUCUUCUACCAUGCAUAAAAAUCAAUAAAUUCGAGGGAAAAAUUUAGUAAUUGUUACCCUCCUUCAGGAUGCUCCAGUCCUUGCCUUGCUUCUUUUCGUUCCCUAAAAAAAAAAAUCAGCAAAAAGAAAAUAAAACAAGAGUUAAAUUUUUUUUUUGUGUACUCUAAGAGAAAAACAGAAAAAUACUAAAUAUUAUGCAAUACAUCCCCAGCAACGGCGCCAAAAUUUGACGUGACUCAGUCGUUGUAUAUUAAAUCACGCAAAUAUAAAGUUUAUAAAACUAGAAAAUACGAAUUUUCGGAUAUUUAGAAGUAUUUCUAAAUAAAUAUAUCAAUUAUAAUUCAAUAAAAGUUCCAAAAAUAGUGGUAAUUUUCCAGGUCGAUCACAAGGAUGUAAUAUAAUAUCUGGUAAUUAUUCAGAAUUUUUCUCAAUGAAUACGAUUUUCUAUGAAUUUUAUACUAGGAAAUAAAAAGGAAAUAUAUUUAGAAUCUCAGGAGGUGGCGACUCGUCUCCCGGCGGAUCGUCCUCUUCCCGACGACGGCUUGUUCGUCGAUCAAUCGGAGAUGAUUUACUCGAUGGAUUCGCGAUCCUUUUAUCGCGAAUCGUUCAGCAAUUUUAGUAGCAAUGCUCCGCAAAUCGCGUUGACGAGAUUUUCGCCGAUGAUCCAGCGAUUCUAGUUGCUUAAUCCUUCACCGGCGAUCUGCAGGAAAGUCGCGAUAAUCAGAUAAAAAUAUAUGAAUUUUGACUCUAGCAGGAUUCGAACCCGCGCCGGUUGUCCGCCCCCCCUUUUGAGGAAGGUGUGACGCAGGUUUAGUCCCACAUCGGUUGUGCGCUGAUUUUUCAGGCGAAUAUAUAGUAAUGUUAGCUUUUCAGGCAAAGUCCCUUCUCUCGCGUGUACGACCACUCCUUGCCCCACAGCCGGCUGGCCACCGGUGACGUGGAAGGGGAGUGGCGCACACGUGCCCCUAUCGGUCCAAGCUAAGCCGCUCGAGCCCCUGCUUGCAGCUACUCCCGACUGCGCUUCCGACCCGCUUGCGGGCCCGGCUGGCCGGCGGGUCCCCCCAUAUUUUGCAAUAUUUUAGUUUUAUUUCUUUUUCUUCAUUUAUCUCAAAAGUAAGACUGUAAAAAUCAUCUAAAUUUGUAUAAAAUCACAUAAUUACCCAAAAAUUCACAUUAAUCAACUAAAAAUAACUUUUCACACUUUAAUACAAAUAUAAGUCUAUUUAUCAUGAGUUAAGGCUAAAACUGUAUUAUUUAUUAUUUAUUAACUCAUGAUAAUGAAGACUUAUCAAAUACUAAUUUUCUCACAGGUAUUACAAAAAUUUCAUAUGGGGAACAAUCAGUAGAAAUUACAAAUUUUGAAGAAUUAAAUGAUCUUAAGAAAUGACAAAUAUAUAAUUUCCAUACUAUAGAUCUUUUUGAUGAUUUAGAUGUUAUUAAUGAAUGUGCGCUGGAAAAAUUAGAAGAAAUAAAGAAUAUAAAUUUGUGAGAAAAGAAAGAAGGAAGAUCAUUCAAAUUUAGAAUUGAAAUCUCUUCCCUCUUAUUUAAAAUAUAUUUUUUUGGAGGAAAAUAAUUUAUUUCUUGUUGUUGUUCUAGCUGAUUUGAGUGAUAAAUAGGAAGAAGAAUUAUUUUAUUUACUUCAAAAAAAUAAGAAGGUUAUUAAUUGAAAAAUUAAUGAUUUGAAAGGCAUUGAUAUGAGUGUAUGCAUGCAUAAUAUAUAUUUAGAAGAAGGGGCUAGUACUAGUACGGAACCACAAUGAAGGUUAAAUCCUAAUGUUAAAACUAGCUUUUUCUGUUUUAAUUAGUUUUAUUAUUUUAUUUUGUGAAAUCAAUGAGAUUAAAGGCUAAUUAA